ACCACGCGACGCGGUUGCUCUUUUGCGAUGCAUCCCGCUCCGAUCGAGAGAAACGGUACAUCGAGAUAGUCUACGCAUCAGGAAACGCGAGCAAUUUGUCGAAAAAAAAAAAAAACACCCAGACAUUGUCAUCCGCGCUUGCAUUUCUCGCGUUUCGCUGCGAGAGAGAGAGAAAAAGACAGAAAAAGGAGAGGAAAAAAAGCAAUAAACAUAGGGUAGCAAUUUGGACGGAAGUGUACGCGUUAUGUUUGGAAUAGGCUCCAGGGACAUGAUGCAUCGUUCCAUUAAUUUACCCGGCAAAUUGAGCGUGGGGAAUUGCGGCUCUGCAUUAAUAACUUUUCCGAAAAUAGUAUCGUCAGUGCAAUACGAAUUACUUCGUCGAGACUAAAACGAUUAGCUGUGAUCCGACGUCGCUAAUUGAACGAUGCGACUCGUGAACAAGACAAUUAAUUAAAGAUUAUUCGUGGAAGAUAUUCGUGGUCUGUCAAUUUUGCGUUAUAUAUUCGGAGAAUGUUAUACCUGCAAAAAUCUUACACAUAUAUAUAUAUAUAUAUCUUGAAGAUAUUUAUUUAACGAUGUUGCCAUCAUCGCAAGUUGAUUACGUUACUUUAAUCACUCGGGACAAAAUUUUAUUCCGUUAGUGUUUGCGAAGUGCUCGAAGAAUAUCCGGUUCAAGACCAGUCGAUAAGUGUCAAGAUAUACAAUUGCUGCCUUGGUAGAAUCAGAGGGAACCGUUCUCAAGUUGAGAUCAAAGGGCAAAAGUUCGAAUUGGAUAUCCCAGUUCGAUGCGUAAAUUGGAUGUGUCGUGCGAUACAUAAAUCGGACGCGCUGUGAUAAAGAACUCGGUGACACUUUUCCGGACCGGAAGGACAGCGGGAUUAAUGGCAGGACCAAGUGUCAGCCUGUUUGAUGCUAAUUCGAAACGCUAAUAAAAAAAAAAUACAGUGCACCGGGUGAGCCGAAAUAAAAAUCAACAAAGUUUCGCAAGGCAGGAUCUCGCCUGCAGGAGGAUUCCCUCGCCGGAAUCAAUUUCUGGUAAAGCCGUGCACGAGAGAAAUGUGGCCUAGAGAGGAAUGCCGUACAACUUUACGAUGAGAAGAAACCGGAAGAGCGCCUCGAGUCGUCACAGAAUCGACGACUGAUUAUGACGCGCGUCCACACGCGGCGGCAUUUCUCUCGUCUCCUCCUGUUGUUCUCUUCCUCCGGAGCCCUCCACGCGCGCCAUUGCCUGACCCUCCUCCUUCUCGGCCUUAUCUCUCUUCGCACAGUCUUAUCGUGCGACGAGAAGACGAGGCCCCAGAGCCGUGACCCGAGCGCGCUUCCCUACCAAGCUGAGGCAAGAAUAUACAUGGAGCAGAGCAAUCUCGAGGCUCCUAGAGUGAUCUCGAAAUGGAUGCAACGCGACACCCAAGUUUCGAGUAUGAUUGGUAAUGACAACGUGGCCAGUGAGUUACUUAAAAUCCAACUCAAUCGCGACCCGACAGUAAGAAAACGAAUGUACGAUUAUGGUACUCUUGUAAACAUCAUCAUUAAUAAUCAAGUUUAUUCUGAAUCUACGACUAAUAAUUAUUUGAAAUGGAAAUUUAACGAGCCUGUGAAAAAUCUGCAAGUUAGCAGCGGAAUUGAUUUAAAAAAUAUGAAGCAAAGAAAGAAAACUGCGAAGAACCGGUUGCAUAAUCUGAUCAGGAAGCAAGGUGGCCUGCCGACGUUCCAAGCUGCUCCUUACUCCUCGGCAAAUGAGGGCGAAAUGCAAUUUCAGGACGAUCAAGAUAGCGAUAAUGAUGCAAGUUUGGCGAUUUUAGGUGGACCUCAUCAAAGUGUCGGCAAUUUACCAGAGAGCUCUGUUCACAAUCGCAAUACGGAGGGUACAGUAAUCGGGGCUCCGAUCGAUCAGUUGCAUUUGCGCGAGGCUUCAAGUGUCAAUCACUUGGCAAUACCGACGAGAAGUCGACGAGAUCGUAAUGAAGUCGAUCUCGAUGGAGCGAAGCGAACGGAUCUAAACACGGAUAAUUUAUUCGUUGAAACGCCCGUUAAUCGCGCGAGUGAACGCAUGAGCGAUUUCACAGUUCAGCGAGAUUCGGGCGAGAGUGAGACCUUAAGUCGAGCGAACGAGGGCGAUAUUGACGUUGCGACAAAUCAACGCUUCGGUGACGAUUCGGUAAUGGAUCAUCGAAGUAAUCGCAAGACUGUCGAUUUUGAAGGCACGAAGCGAACUCAUUUGGACGACCGCAAUAUCUACGCUCAUGAUAAUCGAAGCCGCGGUACAAGUAAAUCUGAGAGCACGGCUAAUUACCUCCUCAGCGACAACUUCAACGUUGCUAAUGAGUCUUCAAACUCGUACAAUCCAUACGUUGCUACAAUCGCGAUUAAUACGGUUGCUCCUAACUUCGAUGUCGACGCCACUUCCAUCGAGAACCGACGAGUCAAGAUGGACGAAAUUUCGGAAAUUGAGAAUCGAACCGAGAUCAACAUGGAUACCGGUGAUGCGACAGAAAUUUCGACUAUCGUAAAUUGUCGCGAUAGCGCGUGCUCCGAAUCGAGCAAUAACGAUAAUGCCCCGGUAUUUAGAAUGAGAAAAUACGGCAGAGCGAAGGAGUUGAAUGACAAUCGGGAAGAUGAGGGUUAUUUCGCGCGAGUCGACGACGUAUCGGCGAUAUCUGUCAGCGAUAACGAUACCGAUAUCAACGUCGUCGACAGCGAAGCACCUUUCACAGGCUUCGAGGGUUCUCAGAAAUUCCCCGUGAAAAUCAAUCAUAAGUCGUCCGCAGAACUGCCGCAGAUUGAAAAGUUUGACAGGCGACACUUUGGCCCGCACAAGGAGGAUAUACUCGAAGAAACAUCCACAUGGUAUCCGAGUACGGUGCUUCUCGAUCUACCGAAGAGUCCCAGUCGAGACGUGCUUCAUCGCAAAACAGAUGAUAGUUCUGAGAACGUCGUCGAGAUAAACGAGGAAGAGGCGAUCGAGGAGAAUGACAAGCAAAAUGACACCUUCGACGAGUCGUGGCGUUCGAGUUUUUCGGACGUAAAGUCGAGCUCCGAAAAACUUGCGGUGACUCCAAACAUCGUAUACGGCGACUUCGAGAACGUGACGAAGAGGGAUACGGACGAAUUCGACGGAAGGGUGGAGAUCGAUGUGACAGUGCCAAGACGUGAAAGUACAAGACCGAUAGAGAAGACAAAUAUAACCAUCCUAGGUCUCUUCGAGAUGACACGCGGUGCGGCGCAGAGGCCGGAAGGAUCCUGCGAGCUUCAAGCGGCCAAAUUGGCGGUUGAACGUGUCAACGAGUCGGAUGUGUUGAAACGCUUCCGUCUACGACUUAUUUACAAUGAUACGAAGUGCGACUCUGGAGUGGCCGUGCACAGAUUCUUUCACGCUUUGUCUUCGAGGCAAAAGCACCUAAUGCCAUUCUUGCUCGGUACCGCUUGUUCCGAGGUCACCGAAACAUUGGCCAAGAUUGUACCUUAUUGGAACGUGAUUCAAGUGUCGUUUGGCUCGACGGCACCGGCCCUCUCGGAUUCCAACGAGUUCCCUCUGUUCCUGCGAACCGUCGCGCCGGACUCGAGUCACAAUUCGGCCAGGAUAGCAUUGAUCAAACACUUUGGAUGGGACACCGUUACGGCUCUCUCGCAAACAGGCGACAUGUACUCCUUGGCAGUGAACGAUCUGGUCACGGAAUUGGAGCAGGCGAAUAUCACGUGCACCGCUACCAUCACGUUUGCCGAGAACGAUUACAAGGAACAAUUGCGAACUUUAAAGGAACUGGACACUAGAAUUAUUAUCGGAAGUUUCUCACCGCAAUUGGCACAACGUGUUUUUUGCGAGGCCUGGAAGCUCGGGAUGCACGGCGGUGAUUACGCGUGGAUAUUGCCAGGUGAAACCGUCGACUUGACGAGCGAUUGGCACGCUAACGUCGGAGAAUGUUCUUCCUCUCAGCUGUCGCAGACUCUGGAUGGUUUAAUCAUCGUCAAGAGCCACGACACGAUCGUGGGAAACGAGAUCAGCGACUCAGGAUUGACCAGCGCGAACUUUACUUCGGAGCUGGUUCGGAGAGGCGUCGCGAACGCCACGAAAUUCGCGGGACAAACAUACGAUGCUGUGUGGGCCAUGGCACUCGCUCUCGCCCAAACCGAGGUCCUUCUGAAUCAACAGAACGAGAGCAUGGCGAGGUACACGCAUACGAGAAAGGAUUUCACCUACCUUUUGCUGGAUCAGCUGAAACUGCUGCACUUUAUCGGAGUUUCGGGACCGGUUUCCUUCGACGAUGCGGAUCGCGUGGGCAUUACAGCGUUUUAUCAGAUGCAUGGACACAUUAUUAGCAGAAUAGCUAUCUACACUCCCGAAGAUGGGAAACUGAUAAUGAACUGUCCAGGAUGUAAGGCUACAAGAUGGCCCGGAGGACAAGUACCAGCGGCUCGUAGGGUCUUCCGAUUACGAAUGGUGACAGUGGCACCUGCUGCGUUCCUCGCCAUUACCUGCAUCGCCAGUGUUGGUGUUACUUUAGCUCUUGCUUUCCUGGCCUUCAAUCUUCACUUUCGUAAACACAAAAGCAUAAAACUUUCAAGCCCGAGGCUGAAUAAUAUGGCGGCUGUCGGUUGUGGCCUGGUCUAUGGUGCUGUUAUACUUUUGGGACUGGACGACGCCACAUUAUCCGACAGCGAUGGUUAUUAUCCUACGGUGUGCAAGGCGAGAGUGUACCUGUUAUCAGCUGGCUUCUCUCUGGCUUUUGGCUCGAUGUUCACAAAGACAUAUCGAGUACACAGGAUCUUCACCAGAAGCCGGAGCGGAGUCGUCAAAAACAAGCUGCUCCAAGAUACUCAGCUGAUAUUCUUGAUCUGCAUGCUUCUGGUGAUUGACGUUGUCGUGGUAACAUUAUGGGUGAUUCUAGACCCGAUGCAACGUCACUUGCAAAAUCUGACCCUGGAGAUCAGCCCGCAGGACCGGGGGGUCGUCUAUCAACCUCAGGUGGAGGUGUGCCGCUCGCAGCAUACGAACGGCUGGUUAAGCGCUCUCUACGUUUACAAAGGUUUAUUGCUCGUAGUCGGGGUCUAUAUGGCCUGGGAAACGAGGCACGUAAAGAUUCCAGCUCUAAACGACUCGCAAUACAUCGGUAUGAGCGUGUACUUCGUAGUAAUCACGUCGGGUAUCGUCGUAGUGCUAGCCAACUUGAUGCCUGAUCGCGCGACCCUGGCCUUCGUCACGAUCACUGCUCUGAUCCUGGCUUCGACGACGGCGACCCUGGCGCUGCUUUUUCUACCCCAAUUAGCGAAUAUUCUAGCGGGGGAGAGAGCCGACCCGGUCGUGCAGAGUUUCGGUCUCAAGAUUGAAUGCAAUACGCGCAGAUUUGUCACCGAUGACAGAAGAGAACUACAGUAUCGCGUUGAAGUGCAAAACCGAGUUUAUCGACGUGAAAUGGCACAGCUGGAAUUAGAAUUGGCGAGAUUGGAGAAGCAACUUGCUCAAGAGCCAACGGAGCCGUCGCGCGCUUCAUCAAGCACCUCGAUUCCGCAACGAAAUCCAAGUAUCGGGGGUGGUUUACCCCUGUUAUUGCUCAGUGUUCUACCACCGGUUAUUCCUCGAGCGAGUUGGCCCUCGGCAGAUUCAUCCGGCAUACGUCGCGGUACCGUAGCAUUUAGCAGUCAGCCGGAUCUGGAACCGGACGAUCCCAGACAAAGCCUGGCCGACCUUUACAAGCUACAUCGCCGUCGAGAGACCGAGGGACCGAAUCGCCUAGGUGUUUUUCAACGACUCUUCAGUCUCUUCGGCAGCAGACCGAGUAGUAGAAAAACCUCCACCGCGUCAUUCACCGGGGUCGCAUCGGCGCUUCGAGUCCAUAUGGGUUACAUCGCUGGUUUAGUUCCCGGCACGAAAGCUGCUUCUACUUGCCAGGUAGAUGCCCAAGGCACUCACUCGCCUCAUGCACGAUGCGGUUCAGGACCAAUAAUUAGUAUUACUAGCGAGGAAGACCGUAGAUUGAGCCUAGGGCUACGUCGCAAGGAAAGUAGCGAGCCUAGAGUAAAUUUCAGCUUACCACCACAGGCAAGCACGAGCCAGUCAUCUUCUCGAGAGAAGAUACGCGGCUCGCCCCGGUUUCCUCACCGAAUCGUCCCAGCGAAUAGUUUGAGCGCUAUCGCGCAAGGUACCUCAGUUCCAAGACCGCAUCGUUGGCAUUCGAUGGAAGACGCGACGAAACCGAAGACUACCCAAACAACAUCUCGUGGUUCAUGCAGUCCCAAUUUCGACGUAUGGGCCACAAGUGAAGUUGGGGUUCCUUUCAGCGAACUUGCUAACACUGUCAGAGGCAGGAGACCACCGGAUUCCUUGGCCCUGACCAUCACCGUGGAUUCAAUGGCGAGUCCGACAGAUGCAAGGCUGGGUAACGAUCUGAGGAAACUGUUCAAGGAGAACGAUGGUCAGGAAGCAGUCAGUCCUGCCGAAGGCGAGCUGAAGACUCGGUCGAGUUCGUCAUCCUCGUCGUCUCUGAAACUAAUCAGUAGUACAAACGAUUCUAUGUCUUUAAAGAAAGAUUUUGAUUCAGAGAUUCGACAGGACACUAUUUCGAACUUUUGUCAGGAAACUAAAUCGCGUCCAUCGAGUCCGGUGAUCUCAGUGAUCGACAUGAAUAAUCCAGGGAAUGAGGAAUCGAACACCGACGUCGAUACUCGUGUCAAUGCUUCCUGCGAGGAGAAGAGAUCGACUCCUGUAACGUAAAAUAUACUGUGUAUGUGUGUGAUUGUGACAGAUUUGUCCAAGUGAUAAAGUUAUUAUUUAAGAGAAAAAAAAAUAUAUAUGUAUAUUAAGGAAAAUUUCUUCGAACGAUGUUGAUUUUUUCGUGUUCCACUCGUAACAUUAUUUAAAUAUAUAUUUUGACUUCUGAUGGAAUAUCUAUCAAAGUAUCGCUUAGGCAAUCCAGCAUCCAUCAAAAUCGAAUCAAAUUAAACAUUAAUUAAAAAUUGCAUCUAUUUAGAUGUUUCAUAUGAUAGAUGGACAGAGAUUGUCACUGACAUACAUGGUGUCCCAGACCUACCGUAUAACACGUUAAUGGGAGAUUCCUGAGGCGAUUUGGAGACGAUUUUUCC